AUGCCCAAAUCAGCGAGAAAGAACAACGGCGGCGGUGUCUCGAAAAGCGAUCCCUAUGCAGGCGCUGCCUCGCGCAAGAAGGGCCAUGCCGCCAACAACGUCUUCAAGUUCAACACGGAUCUCGGUCAGCACAUUCUCAAGAACCCUGGUGUCGCCCAGGCCAUUGUCGACAAGGCCGACCUGAAGCAGUCUGACGUACUCGGUCCCGGAACUGGUAACUUGACAACAAAAAUCCUGGAAAAGGCCAAANAAGUCAUCGCAUGCGAAGCCGAUCCCCGAAUGGCUGCCGAAAUCACAAAGCGUUUCCAAGGCACUCCGGCCCAGAAGAGACUCGAAAUCAUCCUCGGAGAUGUUCUCAAGCACCCACAGCUGCCCUACUUUGACGUCUGCAUUUCAAACACGCCCUACCAGAUUUCUUCGCCCUUGACUUUCAGACUCUUGGCUCUGAGUCCCGCUCCUCGCUCCUGCGUGCUCAUGUUCCAGCGUGAAUUCGCCAUGCGUCUGUUUGCUCAACCUGGAACAAAACUAUAUUCGAGAUUGUCCGUCAACGCCCAGAUGUGGGCUAAGAUUAGCCAUGUCAUGAAGGUCGGCAAGAACAACUUCAAUCCUCCUCCUCAAGUCGAGAGUGAUGUCGUCAAGAUUGUGCCCAAGGUCCCACGUCCACAGAUCAGCUACGACGAGUGGGACGGUCUCUUGCGCAUCUGCUUUGUCCGCAAGAACCGUACUCUGCGUAGUGGAUUCAUUGGUACCACCAGCGUCAUGGAUAUGCUCGAGUCAAACUACCGCACUUACUGUGCUCAGAACAAUAUUGUUCUUGACGACGGCCCGCUCGACCCUUCUGAUGCUGCUAUGGACACUGACACGGCUGCGGAUGACCAGGACGACGAUAUGGAGGCUAUCAUGGAUGUUGACGAUGAAGGCGAUGUUCCCGACUUCUUCAAAGAGGAGGCAGACAAGAAGGCAAAGAAGCUUUUGGGCAACCCCAACCGCAAGAAGAAGGGCAAGGUGUCUGAGUUGGUGCGCCAGAAGGUGACCAAGGUACUCGUCGAGACCACUGAGCUCUCUGAGAAGCGUGCAAGAAUGUGUGAUGAGGGUGACUUCUUGAAGUUGCUAUAUGCGUUCAACCAAGAGGGCAUUCACUUCAGCUGA